GUUCCUUUCACCUCUCUUCCUAUCUACUCCAUAUGGAUCAUUUCUAUUCAUACCUCAAACCUCACCUUCCUUAAACUAUUCUUCUCUCUAUAUAAAUAUUACACUUUCCUCACACUUUUUCAUAUCUCAUUUUUUCCAUUCUUUUAUUUCCACAACAUAUUUUCUUCCUUUUUUAACCAUCUAGCCGCCAUGUACGAGAAACAACAACUCAACGGAGCCUACUACGGCCCUUCAAUCCCCCCACAAAGAACCCUCCACCGCCCCUCCCGCGGCGGCGGUCUCGGCUGCUGCUGCGGCUGUCUCUUCAACCUCAUCUUCAAACUAAUCCUCACCGUCAUAAUCAUCAUCGGAAUCGCCAUCUUCCUCUUCUGGCUCAUCGUUCGUCCCAACGUAGUCAAAGUCCACGUCACCCAAGCUUCCCUCACGCAAUUCAACUACACAAACAACAACCUCAACUACGAUCUCUCUCUCAACAUGACAAUCCGCAACCCCAACAAACGACUUGGUAUCUACUACGAUUACAUCGAAGCUAGAGCCUUGUACCAUGAUGCUAGGGUUGACUCGGUUUUUCUUGAUCCUUUUUAUCAAGGACAUAAAACAACUAACACGUUGAACCCUACGUUUAAGGGUUCGAAGGUGGUGGUUCUUAACAGUGAUCAGAGUUCGGAUUUGAGUAAAGAGAAGGAUUCUAAGGUUUAUGAGAUUGAUGUGAAGAUUUAUCUUAGGAUUAGGUUUAAGCUGGGAGUGCUGAAGACGAGGAGGAUUAAGCCUAAGGUUACUUGUGAGUUGCGUGUUCCUUUGAAUUCUGACGGUGGUACAACGACGGUGGACGGUGGUUUUCAGACCACCAAGUGUGAUUGGGAUCGUUGAUCGUUGAUGGAUAUGUUGACCUGAUUCGAUGACUUUGUAUGAUAUUCUUAUUUGUUUGUUGUUUAUUGGUUACAUAGUUUUGGUCUUUUGACAUAGUCAUACAUAUUCUAGAGGGUUAUUUCGGGGAAUUUAUUAUACAGUGUAUGGCAUUUUAUAUUUUUAUUAUCAUGUAUAUUGGUUAGAUAUUCUCCUAUAUUGCAACUAGCUUGCAUUAGGUGGAGGGUAUUUUAGGCC